GUGACGACAGUCUAUGGCAAUUUUUUCAUUGUUGUAAAUUAAGAACUUGAUAUGUUGAGAAAGUCAGUUGUUAAUGGAACAAUAAUUGACUUUGGUACUUGCAGAGUGUGUUGUUUUUUCUAGACCUGUAUCAUAUUUUUAUGAAUGCUAAUUGAACAUUAUGUUCAAUCAAAAUUCUGACAACUCGGAUUCUGAUGAUCCUGAUUAUUCAUAUGAAAUAAAAAAAGAUUUAGUUAAUAAUUUCCGAAAAUCGGAAAAUAUACAUUCAAGAAUUGAUUACAAUGAAGUUUCAAUGAUUGCUAGUAAAAAAAGAAAAAAAAACCAUGAAAAUUCCAGCUACGUUAAAAUAGAUAAUGUAAAUGUACGGAUUUCACCAUUGGAGACAUCAGAAAACAUCUUAGAAGAAUGUUGUCAGUCUUCAAGUAGCAAUGAAAAAACAAAAGCAGAUGUAUUGUGGAAAGAUUUUUUAACUGACACUGCUAUUUCUUGUGGAAAGAACUCAAAAAUCUCUAUCAUACCUCCGAAUAGCAUGACUACUAAUUUUCAAAACUGUAAUGUCUUAGCAGAUUCAGCAGACACAGAAAAAAAAUAUAGCUCAAAGGUAACUGUAAACAAAAGUAAUAAAACCGCAUUAAUGUCAAAUAGGAAUCAAGAAACGUAUAAACAACUGACAAAAACCAUUUUACAAAAGAAAAUAGGAAGCCAGAGUGUAUCAAGUAUUUUACAAACUAUAAAUAAAAAACCCAAAUUAACGACAUUAGAGAAAUCAAAGCUUGAUUGGAACACGUAUAAAGAAGAAAAUAAUUUACAAGAUGAAAUAUCUACUUUCAAUCGCGGAAAAAGUGGUUAUUUGGAAAAACAAGAUUUUUUGAGUAGGACAGAUUUCCGACAGUUUGAAAUUGAAAAAGAACUGCGCCAUAAUAAUAAGAGUAAAGAACUCUAAUGUUUUACUUGAAUUAUGUAAUGCAAUAAAAAUAAAUUUCUUCUGCUGUUUUCACAACGAAUAAAAACGCAAAACAUUUUACCUCUUAAAA